UGCUCAUAUACACGUGAUCCGGGGGCCUCGGUAGUCCUCGGUCGCCCUGCCCCGCGGCCUGUUCUUCGGUCUCCUUGGCUGUUACUACUCUCUCUCUCUCUUUUACUUGCCUUUGCCUCCUCUCAUUCUCUUCUUGUCUUCUGUUGGACUCACUUCUUUGCGUGUUCUUGUACAUACAUCCUGCAUCCCUAAACACUACUAUUAGUUGCCUGUUUACUACGCUUAUUGUAUAUCCUGUUGCCCCCAACAUAGCAAGCAAUCCGACGCGCUCCAUCUUCCCAGCUCUUGUUCAAUCUAGUCGGCACCAUGAGUGAUGCUCUAUGUGGUCCCUCGAAUGCGCUGCAGAACUUUCAAAAGCAUGCAUCUGUUGAUCGUACCCUCCAGCAAGAUAGAAUUAUCUCUCGACAGUCGCCUUCUCAACAGGGGUUUCGAUCUCAAAAUCCAACUCAAGGGGUGCUUGAUCCCGAAUUCGCUGCCUUCGAGUCCGGUCUAGCAGGAGCGCCCCCUCCCGAUGUACAGCAUGCCGUCCCUUUCGUUCCUCCCUCGCAUCAUUUCCCAGUAUCGAGCCCGGCAGAAUCGUCAAACUGGGCGGCAGACUUUCAAAAUAUGCAUAUUUCGGGACCUCCGCAUUCACUCCAUCAAACAUCAGGACCAUCUGUAGCGCCGAUGGCGGCUGUUUCACAACAGGGUUGGCAUAACGAGUUCGCUAAGCAGCAACAAUCCUCUUAUCAGCAGCACCAGCCGCAUGUCCAAGGGCUUCAGCCAUCCUUUACACCUCGCUUCCCUAUGACCAGUGCUGCUUUCCCUCCUAUGCAAGCCACUACAGCAAAUCAGCAACCGAUGGCAGACACAUUUGAUGAAUCGGCGUUUGAAGCUGCUUUUGAACAGGCGCGAGCAGACAUGAUGUCGCAGGAAACCGAGACUACUCCUGUUCACGCUGAGGAAGUCAUGGAAGAGACGGAUCAAGUUGUGGCUGAAAGCACGGAAGGGAAGAUCAAGAUUGGAUCGGAUACUAUUCCCCAGACCGAUAAGAAUGAUCAACAGGCACGGGUGAACGAUGCGGACGAGCUCGCCAGAACCGCGGGCCAGCUUUUGGAUAGCGUCAAACAUGAUCAAAGCCAGAAAUUCAAAGAAAGCAACUUUCUUGCCUUGAUGCGCCGUAUUCGCGACCGCGAGGUCCAAGUCGAGGGGGAUGAAUUUCGCGAAGUCAGUACCAGCAGUCCGUGAAAUGAAAUCAAAUUCGGCUGGCGUGGAACGAACGCUGAUUCCGCAUCCACUGCAUCCAGGCGGCAAAUAUUAUCCGGAACGUCGGAAGGAACGGCAAGGGCAGAUAGAAGGAGAUACGGACCAGCAUGCCCGCGGAGACGC